UUUUGUUGAAUAUGUGUUUCUUUGAAUGUGGUUAUGUGGGCAAUGUUUCAAUCCCACUUCUCUGUGUCAGUGCAUUGGAUGAUCCUGUCUAUACUAGGGAAGCCAUUCCAUGGGACGAAUGCAGGACUAAUAAAAAUGUGGUAUUGGCUACAACAAAGCAUGGAGGACAUCUUGCAUUUUUUGAAGGGUUAAUUGCAGCUCGCUUGUGGUACUUCAUAUUUUCAUGUUUCAUAUUUGGACCUAACUGGAAUUAAGGUGGGUAAGGGCAAUUGGUGAAUUUUUAAGGGUUCUACAUUCUAGCCAAUAUAUGCAUGUACAAAACAAGAUCCUGAAUAGUGGCCCCAAGUCCUCAUUGGACUCUACAAUUGAUCAGGGCCCCUUUGUAAGCGUUGUGGAGGAUGGUAUGGUGGCUGCAGUGGGAAAUGAACAAAAAAACAAUAAUUCGGUGGAAGAAUUAUCGGAGACUCAGAAGGGUCAUUGUGAAAAUACUGAAACUGUUUCUGUUGCAGACCAAGAUGAACUGAGUUCCCAACCAGAGUCUGGUUUUGUGCCAGUCAUAAAAGAAACCUCUGGGCAAGCUACUAGGGUCCAGGAUGCAAAGCCACUUGAUACAACUCCCGUUAAAAGAUGCUUGGAUGUGUUGCAUCGACAGAACAGGUUCUCAAUAUGGCUGCUUGCUUAUAUUGCUAUUGCUACGAGCUGGCCAUUGUUAGGUUCUGCCAUGCGAGCACUUUCUAGGAAGAAGCUCAGAAAUUUCUUACUUGCAGCUUUGUUCAGAAAAUAAUUCCAUGCUCAUAAAUUCCUUGUUGUUGUACUCUCCUUAUAACUUAUUAUUCAUUCUCAUAUAGAGAUGUCGAUGACUGUUUUUAGGUAAUACUUGCUCAAAUAAGUCCUAUCCAUUUUUCUUUUCUUUCCUUAAAUUCCAAUAAUAGACAAGAAUAUAAUAUUACAAGUAUACACAAUAACCAUCAUAUUCCUAAGUUGCUAGGAAUCCUAUCAUGUUCGUGUACUGAUUUAUAUCAUAUGAUUCAGUAAUCUAUAGAUAUUGUAUGGUAAAUCCUUUCUAGUAGUGGUGGAUACUAGAUGCAAUGCAAAUAAUUAUUUAAAGUUGGCAGAUGUAGCCAAAUAUACGUAUCUUCUUUCUUUUGAUG